AUGUCGGCUGCCUGCCUGAGCCAGUCUGUGGGGCCCUCAAAAAAGUCCAAGCCCGCAUCGGCGACCCCCCACACCCCCGUCCCUGUGGCUCCGCCCUCCCUGCUGCCCCACUACGACUCAGAGGAGGAGGAAGAGGGCCGACCAAUGAGCUACGACGAGAAGCGGCAGCUGAGUCUGGACAUCAACAAGCUGCCGGGCGAGAAGCUGGGCCGCGUGGUUCACAUCAUCCAGUCCCGCGAGCCCUCGCUGCGCGACUCCAACCCCGAGGGGAUAGAGAUCGACUUCGAGACCCUGAAGCCCUCCACCCUGCGCGAGCUGGAGUGCUAUGUCGUCACCUGUUUGCGUAAGAAGCCCCGCAAGCCCUACGUGAUAAAAAAGUCGGGAAGUGGGAAGUCACGGGAGGAGCUGGCUUUGGAGAAGAAGAAGGAGCUGGAGAGAAGGCUGCAGGACGUCAGCGGGCAGCUCAACUCCACCAAGAAGCCCCAGAAGACCAAGGGUGAGAAGCCCAGUGCAGUGGACCCCCAUGCCAUGGUGUCACGUCUCAGUGCCAGCAGUUCAAGCUCGGACUCUUCUUCAUCGUCAUCCUCCUCAUCCUCAUCUGACACGAGAGACUCUGACUCUGGUGAAUCAUGUAAAUGAGCAGGGCUGUGGCAGUAGAGGCUGGGCCCUGCAGGGUUUGGUCGUCCAGAAGGCUCAUUGGCCCAGACUGUGAUGGGAGCCAGUGGCUGGUGGCCCAGGAUGCAGGGGGAGGGAACAGCACGUCCUUCCCGAAGGCAGUGACCCAGACCGAAAGAGGGCCGACUGAAACUGACUAUUAGAGUGCAGGAACUGGAAGGACCAAGGAGGCUGUCCCAAAGUCUGCCUGAAGAAAUUCAAUGUGAUAUGAGACACAUUCCAUUUUUUCCCCAUGCUGUGUAAAUAUAUGUACAAAUAUGUGUAUAUAUUACAAUCUUUCUUUUAUAAAGAAGAAUUUUAAGAAAAUC